AUGACUCUAGCUAGUUAAUAGAAGACAGUGAUGCUAAAGUAGAGCGAAGCAAUAAUCUCAAGACUUCUAUGGGACAGUCGGUUCGAAUUGAAACCCAAGUAUUUAUCUCCAGAUAAGAUUAUUUCAAAGUAUGAUGGACUAUCUGAUCAGCAAAUGUAGAAGGUUUGCUCUGUAUUUGAUAAAAUAUUUGGACAUUCAUUCCAGGGCUACAAUCAUAAUGUACAUCGAAUAUUGAGCCACUCCAGUCUCAAUCCACAUAUACUUCAGGAAGUCAGUGAUGAAGUUAAACUACUAACAAACAAUGUACUUGAUCAGAUAAUGACUGGUACUGGAGCGUUUGCUAACAAAAAGAGACCUAAUUCUAACUCAAACUCAGGCAAUAAAAGAAAAAAGGCAAGGUCGAAAGCUUCCUAAGGAAAAAUAGAAAAGCCAAUAUUGCAUCCUAUUAAAAAGCUCACCCCAGAGCAAUUGAAGAAAAAAGCUUAUAUUCUACAAAUGAUGAAAUUGAAACCAGAAGAUUGCUAAGAACAAAUGUAAGCAGCUUAAGAAUUAAUAAAGAAGUUGAAAAAAGAAAAAAUUGGCAGAAUGGAGAGGUUUAGACAUAAGGAGGAGGAGAUCAUAAAGAUGGAGUAAGAUCAUUUUUAGGAUGUGCUAAAAAGACGAGCGGAAGACGAGGAGAAAAAGCAAAGAGAAAUUGAGCAACGUCGAGAACAGAUCAAGAUAAAAAUGCAACUAAUGAGGGAGGAGCGUGAACGAAGGCAGCGAGAAUGGUCAGAGUAAAAGUAAGUCUAGGUAUUUAACUACAAUCCUCACAGAAGCUAAAUGAGUCUGAGUGCGAAUGGGACUACAAACAGCACACCUUUAUAUUAGAAAGUUCCUUUAUUCCUAGAAAUGGAAGAUAAAUUCAAAAAAACCUACGAAUCAGAACAAUUAAAUAAAAGAAAAAUGAUUUUGCAAUAGAUAAGGUAGUUUAAAAGGCCGAUUUAAAGAGAAGAGUUUGAGGAACAUGCCAGGAAGUAUGAGGAUGAUAGAGAAAAAAAACUUGAAGAAAAAUUAAAGAUUAGAGAAGACUAAUUAUAAUAGUUUGAAUCAUAGUAUGAUCCAAAUAAAUUCAAAACUAAAACAUAUCAAGAAGUAGCCCUCUAUGACCUGCAACAAAAAGAAGAGUUAGAGACUAAGGAAGAAAUGAAGAAACUGCUUAUUGAAAAGAAAGAGAGCUAUGCCAGGUAUGUAAGAGAGAUGCAUUUACCUCCAAGAAAUAAAGGCAAAGAAUAAGAGUUACAAGAAAUGAUAAGUUCUCUAAAACAUCCUGUAAGAAGUUCUCGAAAGUAUCCACCAGGGACAGAUAUAUCAGCUAUAAAAAGAACUCGAAGUUCGAGUAGGGGUGGGGCUAAUCAUAGUCGGAACAUAUCAAUAAACUAGAAUGGGGACGAAGACAUUCCAAAUAACAACAUUAAUAUCCAGGAAGACUCCAAUGGACAUUCGAAUGAACGAAGUCUAAGCUUGAAAAGGAAAAUGCAAAGAAAUAAUGGGCUAUUAGCGAAACCACCGCUGCAUAACGCUUUUAAGACAAUCUAAAAUAUUGAAAAUAAAGCCAAUCCUGAUUAAAAGAAGCCUCAAACUGAUUAUUUGAAGGAGAGAAGGUUGAAGAGAGAAAAGAACAUAUCAACUGGCAUCAAGGAAUCAUGGUUAAAAAGCUUGAAUCUGAAGAAACUGAGUAAGAAGGAGAAAUUUCUGAAAAUUAAGGAAAAAGCCAGAGAGAUUGAGGAACUCGCAUUGAGGAAGGAGUAACUUAUGAAUGCAAAGGCAAACAAUGACAAUAUGCAGAGUGGAGGCAACCAAAAAUCUAUGCAUCCUAUGGCUGGGGCAACGAUGGGAGGAGUCAAAGAUGAAAGAAAUAUAGAUGAAACAUUGGAAGUCAAUGAAAUGCUUAUAGAUGCAAUAAAGGCUAAACUAGCUAUUUUAGAUGAUAUUAACUGA